AUGGAAUCGGAGGCGGCCGCGAAAACGGAGGUCAUCAAAAUUGAAAGCGAGGACGAGUCGGUCUUGGAGGACUGCAGCGGAUCCGAUGGAGAGGUGAUGGCGGAUGAAAGAGGUGAAACGGAAGAGAGGUGGCUACGGAGAUGGAGGAAGAGGAGGUGGCGACGGAGGUGGGCGAUGUGGACGAAGCGAGGGGAUCGACGAAAGCGGAGAAUGCGGAAGCGACGGACUUAGGGGAAACGAACAGGCUGGACAAUGACGACGACAGCGACGCCACAGCAACCGCCGCCACCGCUUCCCGCGAAUCGACGCCGCAUGAACCAACCCCACCUCUGUCACCCGAAACUCUCGCCAAGUCGCUACGCGAGGGGGAGGAGUGGGACAGGAUCAGAGCUAACUGGGUUGAGCAGGCACGACUUGAGCGGGACCAAAGCAUCGAGAGGAGGCUCAACGCUGAAACCCCUUUGGUGCGUCACAACUUUGCCACGUGGGACGAGGACGGUGAGAUACGCUCCAUCAACAUCAGGGGGACCGCUGCGAAGUUCAAGAAGCAGGUGAUGAAGAGGUCGCAGACUGCGGCGGACCUCAGUGACCCAAGUGACAAACCGACCGACGCCAAGCAAGUCAUCAUCAAAGGGAAGAGCCGCGUCGUGGUGAAGGAUGGAAUAGAGGGGCGGAGGGUGACGAGGUCGAUGUCGGCGGCAGCGGCGAUGCAGGUCGAGGUGACGAAGGUGGACAGAGGGAAAGGAAGAGGGGUAGCUGAGGAAAAAUGA